GGACAUGGCAGAUUUUCCUUGGAUUUCAGGGUGGUGGUGGAUUGGGGGUUGGCCAUUGUGAGGCCGCCUGCGGGGUGUUGGUGUUCUCUCCUUGCCCCAAAUCCCGAUUCUUUUCAUGGAUAAAAUGAGGAGGAGACACCCAAGCAGCUUCCAGAGGCUGAUCCUGACUGGGCUCUGCUUUCUCUUCCAGCCAAAGCCCUCAAAGAUGGAUAUAGAAGACUGUAACGGGCGAGCCUACAUACCUGGAAUCUGCUCUUCCUGGAAGGUGAGUGGCUGCGUGCGCCCUGCCAGCGACGCAGACAUGCACACGCAGCCCGGAAUCCAGCGCUGUUUCCAAGGAGUUGGAUGUGAUAACACUCCAGGGUAUCUCCAGCAAGGCAGCGGGGAUUCCUCCCUGGAGAAGGAAUUCACCUCGGCGAUCGUGGGCCCCACGGUGAGCACCCCCAACAGCCAGCACUCCUCCCCGAGCCGCUCCCUCAGCGCCAACUCCAUCAAGGUGGAGAUGUACAGCGACGAGGAGUCCAGCCGGCUGCUGUCGCAGGACGAGCGGAUGCUGGAGAAGGAGGACAGUGUCAUCGUGGAGGACUCGCUCUCGGAGCCCCUGGGCUACUGCGACGGGGCGGGCCCGGAGCCGCACUCCCCCGGGGGGAUCCGCCUUCCCAACGGGAAGCUGAAGUGCGACGUCUGCGGCAUGGUCUGCAUCGGCCCCAACGUGCUCAUGGUGCACAAGCGCAGCCACACCGGAGAAAGGCCCUUCCACUGCAACCAGUGCGGGGCCUCCUUCACCCAGAAGGGAAACCUCCUGCGCCACAUCAAGCUGCACUCGGGCGAGAAGCCCUUCAAAUGUCCCUUCUGCAACUACGCCUGUCGCCGGCGGGACGCGCUCACCGGCCACCUCCGCACGCAUUCCGUCUCCUCCCCCACCGUCGGCAAACCCUACAAGUGCAACUACUGCGGCCGGAGCUACAAACAGCAGAGCACGUUGGAGGAGCACAAGGAGCGCUGCCACAGUUACCUCCAGAGCCUCAAUCCCGAGCCGCAGGCGCUGCCCGGCCAGCAAGGUCAGUGCCGGGGGG